CCUCCGCUCCGCUCCCCUCCCAAUCCGCCUCCCCCGAAUCCCUCCCCGAGAAGAGCUCGCAUUUUGAUCUUCGCGGAGUUCACGGUUUCCGGCGGUUGUGGGUUCUGUGAUUUGUGCUUUUGGGUGUGGGGAGGUUGGUUGCAGGUUGAGUUGUGAUGGCUGGGGGUGGAGGAGAAGGGGACGGGAAGGCAUUGGAGGGAGGAACGGCUCCGUUGGGGUCUCCGGUUAGUGGCGGUGAUGGCGACGCGACGGCGAGUGAGGGGGAGGAGGACGGCGUGCUGUACGGCGAGACGCAGGCGCUGGAUGACGCCGAGACUCAGAUGGUUGAUGAUGGAUUGGGGGAGGAGGAGGAGGAGGAGGAGGAGGAGGAGGAAGGGGUGGCUGUUGAUUGGGGAGAGACGCAGUUGGUGGAGGACAGCGAGGAGGAGCGUGCCGGUGCCGUCGACAAUGAGGAUGACACGCAGUUGGUGGACGAUAGCGAAGAUGAGGAGGAGGAGGAGGAGGAGGAGGAGGAGGGUGGUGGUGCCUGUGAUCAGGCGAAGCGUGUGGUGGCAGGGUGUGACAAUAAUGCCGGCGAUUUGGUUGGGACACAAUUAGUUGAGGAACACAAGGAAGAAGAGGAUGGUGGGAAUGAUGAUGGUGGUGAUGGGUUGGAGACCCAAUUCGUCGAGGAGUGUCCGGGAGAGGAGAUGGUUAAUGAUAGCAGCGAUGAGGAUGCUGGUGAUUGGGGGAAGACCCAGUUGGUCGAAGACUCAGAUGAAGAGAGAGAUGAUGACGGCGACGAUGAGUUGAGCGUGGGCACCCAAGUGUUAAGUGAUGAUGAGGACCUAUCAAAUGAUGAGGGAGAGGUGAAGUUUUGCAUGAAUGGAAGCAAUGCCAAGGUAAAUAGUGUAUUGGAGGGUCAUGUUGAUACCAACAAUUUUGUAGAUUCAGAUGCUUCAACAGAUGAAGAGGGUGGCACAGCUCGUGUGUCAUCAGAACAAACGCGUGAACUUGCUGCUGCUUGUCAAGCGUUUACUGCAAACAGUUUGCAACAAGGAAACCAACAGGCUUCAAUAAAAGGAGCAAAUCUUCUGAGGAAAACUGUGGAAAAUUCUACCUCGUGUAGCAGGUCUGUAGGUGAUCACCGAGAUUGCGGGAUUGACAGUGACUCCCAUGGUUAUGUACAGAACCAUGAUAAAGAUGGAACUAAAAGCAGGAGCAGGUGCUCAACAGCAAAGAAACUUUUUGCUGACACAAUGGUUGAAGAGGGUAAAAACAAUGGCAGAUGUUUUGAUGGAUUGAGCUAUGUUGAAUCACAGGAGCCUGGUGAUCUGUCUCAGGCAAAUGCUUUGGAAGUUGUGGACAGGUUGAUAUCAAUCAAUGCUGGCAUAUCGUCUCAAGAACCAACGCCACAGAAAUUGGAUUCAGCAAAGCCACCACAUGUAUCAUAUAAGAGAGGGACUUUAAUGUUGGCUGAGAAGGUUGACUGUAAUAGAAAUUCUAAUGGAAAAGCAGAGAUAUUUGCAUGGGUGGAUAGCCGUGAGGAUGAUGGGGGAGGUGAGUUUUUCAGUAAAAAUAAGGACAUUUUACUGCAUAAAUCAGCUGGUAGAGGGAAAUCAAAGAGUCAUUUUCCCAGAGAAAAGAAGUGCUCUACAAAAGUUGAGGCUGGUGGAGACAAAAUUGGGGAGUGUAAAAAAGGGAAAAAUUCCAAACUAUCUGGGAAGUCUGAUGCUUUACCUUUGUCAGAUUCAAGAAUUUUCAACAGUGAUCUGAAGAGUAAGCGAGCUUCUGGAAACAGGACAAAGAAAAACCUUUUGAAAGACUUAGACUUAGAUGAUCUAUCAAAUGGCAAAAAUUUGGAAGAAACUCAGGAAAAAGUAAGUGUAGCUUUGCAUGAUGUUGGCCCAGACACUCAAAUUGCUCUGGAAGCUAUGGAGGCUCUGGCACAAUGUUCUCCUGCUAAAAUUUUAUCAGCUAAAGAUGAAUCUCCAUUGGGCAAUCGAAAGUCUAAAAAGGCUAAAAGUGAAUCAAAGAACGACCCUUGUCAGAAGAGAACUGGCAGCAUCCAGGGAGGUGUCACCACGCGUUCUAAAAGAAUAAAACUAACUGAGCUGACCCCAGAACCUGAGAAAGAAAUGCAUAAAGGGUCAAGAAGGCGCAAAAAUUCUGGAGAUCUUAAAGCAAAGGCAAAAGAUAAACAGGCAAAGUUGGUGCCAACUAAGAGUAAAGUUUUGAAGAUAUCUAGUGAUGGAAAUAAGUGUGAUGCACCUGUUUCUCACCGGACGAGACACUUUAGUAGAAACAACCUUGAUGAACGUACUGAGAUAUGUUCUAAUAAGCACUCGAAGAGAGUGAUAAAUUCGACUGGUGGCAUCUCCAUGGUUGGAGAAGUUCAGAAUAAUCAUAUUGCAAAUGAAUUCGAGCAACCAAUGAUCAGUGAAAGAACUACAAAGUCUGCUUCAAUCUAUGUUGAAAAAGAAAGCACAGAGCAUACCAGUGCAACUGAUGCUCAGCAUCUUCAGCUGCGUAGGGAUGGAAGCUCACAGCACACUAGUGACAGUACUGCACAGGGCCUUGAACCAUGUAGAAACAAACCAACAAUUGAAGUCACAUGCAUAGAAUACUCAUCUCACCAUCCCAAACAGAGAAGAACACCAACAAAAUUUGUAAAACCAAAAGAUCCUGCAGUUACCCAAAAUGCUAUCAAUCAUGAAACACCUCAAGAUGAGGCCAGGCCAUCUAAGAAAAGGCGGGUUUUCAUCAGGAGUGUCUCUGACUAUUUAAAGUAUGCAAAGAGAGAAUCUUCCAAUGGAAGAUCAACUUCUCUGCUGUCUACUAUUAUCAAAAAGUCAUCAACUGCUUCUCCUGCACUGUAUUCUUCUGUAAGUGCGGACAGCAAAACUUCUGGUUUUAAUAGCUCUGAAAAUACACAUAAUGGUCCAUCCCAAGUAGAGGAUGCAAGCAAAUCACCAAGAAGCAACUCUGACUUUCACAGCAGUGCCCUGAAAACACCUUCAAAAUUGUCAAAUGAAUUGUCACCUACUUUCAGUCCUCUAAAUCCAGUGAAAUCUUCAAGUAGGAGCUUGUCAAAACUCUCUGUUGCCAGAGAACUGCUGACGUUAGAUCCUGAAAAGAAUCCAUCAAAUUGUCAGCAUAAAGAUUCUAGAAGAAAGAAAAAACCGACCAGUUUUAGUAUUUUAUUCAGCCACCAUUUGCAUGGAGAUGUGAUAAAGCGUCAGAAGAAGUUCUUGGCACGCUUAGGAUUGUGUGAAGCACUUUCCAUUCCAGAUGCAACACACUUUGUGGCAGAUAGUUUUUUCCGCACAAAGAAUAUGCUGGAAGCAAUAGCUCUCGGAAAGCUGGUAGUUACGUCGAUGUGGCUUGAAAAUUGUGAUCAAGCAGGCUGUUUCAUUGAUGAAAAGAAGUAUAUUCUGAGAGAUGCCAAAAAGGAAAGGGAGAUAGGUUUCAGCAUGCCUAAAUCACUUGCCUCAGCUUGCAAGCAUCCUCUGCUGCUGGGAAAACGAGUGUUUGUAACACCCAAUGUGAAGCCAAGUCGAGAUGUCGUGAUUUGCUUGGUGUUAGCAUCUUCUGGGCAGCCAUUAGAAAGGAUAGGAAGGUCCAUAACGAAGGAAGUACCGGAUGACCUACUGGUUAUCUCAUGUGAAGAGGACUAUGAAACCUGUUCGCCGCUUCUAAAGAGAGGCGCCAGUGUUUUCGAAUCAGAGCUUCUACUAAACGGCAUAGUCAUCCAGAAGCUGGACUACGAGAGGCAUCGCCUUUUCUCGGAUCGCGUUAAGCAGACCCGCUCGACGAGGUGGCUGAAAGACACGGCUCAUGGCCGGUUUGUACCUGUAUCCAAGUGUACAUAGCAAACUGUGGUGCAGAGCUGCAGAUACCGUUGCUGAAAACUGCUCCAGUUCGUUCUUCCCACUGCCUCUCCAACCAUGCAUGCAUAGACCAGUCAGUGUAAAUGAAUUUGAAUCUUUUUUAUCUUUCCUUUGGUUCAGCCCAAGCUCACAUGUAAAUUUGUAACUUGUGGGGUGUUUAAUACGGAGUAGUAUAUGCUAAGUUUCCCCCUUGUGAUCCUCUGUUUGGCCCCAUGCUUCGCCGGUUGUAGUCUCAGAUUUCUAUGCAAGUCUAUGUGACUUGCCGUGAGGCAAAAAAUGAAAAUAAAAGAAAGAUUUUAGAUCAUCGUUUUAAUGAG